AUGGCGGCCAAGAUGAUCCGUUUCAUCGGCCACCCCGACGUCAACGCCGAGGGCAAAUAUCUCUGGGAGAUUCUUGCGCAAUUGAGGAAAUUCGGCGUCGGCCGCGUCGUCACAAAAUCGGAGUGGGGCCGGAAAUGGCCGGAUCAGCCUUCGUUUUUAAAAAUCGCGCGGGUGGCCCCCACGAUGGACCGAUGGCUGUUCGGCGGCAAGAUGUGGGCCGAGUGGACGUUCCGUGGUCGAAAUCUGGGCAUCUACGAGUUUGGGCAAGACUUGAACCGGGCCGACUGGAAGCUCAUUCAUCGGCAUGAAGAACAGGCAUUCACGAACUGCGACCAUCGCCAAAUGCCCGAAGUGGAUCUGCCGGAUUCAUUUCCGCUUCCGCCUCUCCAGGUUCACCUCAUGAAGCGGAUAAGCGCGGCCCGCGGCAAGGAAUGGCCCGCCGAGCACUCGCGGAUGGCCCUUCAUCUAUCUGUAGACCCGGAGUUGGCCCAUAUGUCGCCGAUUGUCAAGCAGGUUACCCCAGCCAGGAAAGGCAAAUCACUGUACGACGAGGUGGACCCGGCCAAGAUCCUCGACUUUUACGGCAAGGAGCUACCAUUCAGGGUUGAGGCCUGGGCCACCGAACCGGCCGCGUUCAGUCUGCCGUUCACGCCGGAGAAGUGCAAGGGGAGGUUGCGGGAAAUCGAA